AUGGCUCCUCCUCUCUCUACCUCAACCACCUUAAAGCGUAUUCAUCGUGAAAUUGCUGACCUGAAGAAAGAAGACCUUGGCACGAUUGGACUCGCGCCUUCGGACGACAAUCUCUUCAAAUGGACUGCUACUAUUCCUGGCCCUGAAGGCAGCUGUUAUGAGGGUGGCGUGUUCAGCGCAGAUAUUAACCUUGGUCAUGAUUAUCCCUUCUCUGCACCCAAGGUCACGUUUAAAACACGAAUAUACCACAUGAAUAUCAAUGAACGAGGAAACAUUUGUAUUGACAUCUUAAAGAGCAAUUGGUCUCCUGCACUUUCAUUAUUCAAAGUUGUCCUCUCGCUUUCAUCCCUGCUUACAGACCCAAAUCCUAAAGAUCCCCUGGUGCCAUCAAUAGCCACUGAGUAUGUACGCAACCGAACCCAGCACGAUCGUACGGCGCGAAAUUGGACAGAACUAUAUGCGCGGCCACCUGCCCCAAAUGGAUCUGCCAAAGGCAAAGGCAAGGCCAAAACCCCGGAGUUACCCGCAUCAACCUCCGCGUCCACACGACCGUCUUCAUCUAGUGCGGCUGGGAACACGGAGAGACAUGCAAUCACCAUCGUAGAUGAUUCAGAUGACGAUGUAUUGGGGGGCACUCGCAGAUCGCGCGCAGGUGCUAAGCGGAAGCGAGGGCAAACUACUUCGGGCGGCGCUAGUGAUGUGUUGACUAUAGAUGACGAUGAACCGACUUCGAGGCCUACCAGGAAGAGGAAAAGUGGGGGCAGCAGCUCUGAUGCGAGUCCAGGGGUUCGAGUAGAUGGCGACGUUAUCGUUAUUGAGGACUAA